AUGGUCUUCGGAAAGCUUUACGGUCUCCCCGAGAACGGGCGCACUCUCGCCGUCCUGGUCGCUGCCAAGCACAACGACCUCGACAUUGAGCUUGUUCAGACUCAGCCCAAGGGCGCUGCCGCCAGCGCUGAGUACCGCAAGGUCCAGCCCCUUGGCAAGAUCCCUGCUUUCGAGGGUGCCAACGGCUUCAACCUCUCUGAGGUUAUUGCUAUCGCCAUCUACCUGACCUCCCAGAACGAGAAGACCACCCUCCUUGGCAAGACCAAGCAGGACUACGCUUCCAUCGUCCGCUGGAUGUCCUUCGCCAACACCGAGGCUCUCCCCCGCCUUGCUGCCUGGUACCGCCCCCUUAUGGGUCUCGAUGGCUACAACAAGAAGGUCGUUGAUGAGGCCUCCAAGGCUGCCGUCAACACCCUCGCCGUUCUGGAGAGCCACCUCACCCAGAACACCUACCUGGUUGGCGAGCGCAUCACUCUUGCUGAUCUGUUCACUGCUGCCCUCCUGACCCGUGCUUUCGCCACUAUCCUUGACAAGAAGUACCGUGAGGAGAACGUCGCUAUCACUCGCUGGUACAACACCAUCAUCAACCAGGAGUCUUUCAAGGCUGUCUUCCCCUCUCCCCAGUUCGCUGAGGAGUGCAUCAAGUACACUGCCCCCAAGAAGGAGGAGAAGCCCAAGGCUGAGAAGGCCAAGGCUGCUCCCGCUGCUGCCGCCGCUGAGGAGGAGGACAAGCCCGCUGAGGCCCCCAAGGCCAAGCACCCCCUUGAGGCUCUUGGCAAGCCCACCCUCGCUAUUGACGAGUGGAAGCGCCAGUACUCCAACAACGACACCCGCGAGGUUGCCAUGCCCUGGUUCUGGCAGCACUUCACUCCCGAGGAGUACUCCCUCUGGAAGGUUGACUACAAGUACAACGAGGAGCUGAAGCUCACCUUCAUGUCCAACAACCUGAUCGGUGGUUUCCAGAACCGUCUUGAGGCUUCCCGCAAGUACCUCUUCGGUUGCCAGGGUGUCUACGGCGAGAACUACAAGUCUGUCGUCAAGGGUGUCUACAUGGUCCGCGGCCAGGACUUUGCCCCUGCCUUCACCGUCGGCCCCGACUGGGAGAGCUACGAGUUCACCAAGCUCGACCACACUUCCGAGGCUGACCGCAAGUACGUCGAGGACAUCUGGGCCUGGGACACCCCCGUCGUUGUCGACGGCAAGUCUUACGAGAUGGUUGACGGUCACGUCUUCAAAUAA